AUGUCCUCGAUGUUUGGAAAUAGUCAAUGUUUAAAACUCUCUACUAAAGUCUGUUGCAAUCGCGAAGUCCGGCGACCGAAGGCCUGGCGCAUGGAAGUGGCCGAUCCGCUUGAGAAUUUUCGCGACUCUUUUGGAAAUGACUGCGUUGUGGAGAGGAGGGCUAGGAAGGAAUUAGAAAUGAGCGAGUCAUACGUGGUCGUGUCGUCUGAGGUGAAAGAGCUGCAAGACCGGAUGGCAGCUCUGGUGGCGGCAGAACAUUACGAGGAAGCAUGCGUGGUCCGCGACAGCCUAGCUAUGAUGGAGUUUCGGAAGCGUUUGUUAGAGAUUCAGGCCAAACCGCGCAUUAUGUACCGUGUGGGAGAUGUCAUCGUGCACCGCAGAUACGGCUAUCGCGGCGUUGUGUACGGUCACGAUCCUGAGUGCUCGGCCCCUUCCAGCUGGCAAGAUGCGAUGAAAGUGGACCUAUUGACACAUGGGAGAAGCCAGCCAUUCUACCACGUCUUGGUAGACACUCGAGAUAGAGCAGGAGGUGUCUCCACUUACGUCGCUCAGGAAAAUCUCGUAGCCCAGAGUGAUGCUUCACCAGUUGUUCACCCCUGGAUUCCCAAGUUUUUCGUGGGUUUCCAAGAUGGCACGUAUGUACCUGGAAAGAAGCUCCGGCAAGUGUAUCCUAAUGACUGGCUGGUUCUGAAGGUGGCGAAGCGCUUACCACAGCAUCUAGUAGCGGGGUUCUACACGGUCGAGGCGAAGGCGGAGGGCACGGGGGAACGACUCGGGCUGGAUGUUAUCACUUUCGCGGGCGAGCGCGCACCUCUGUGCAGAUUACGAAGAGGCUGCGGACCCAAGAUCGGCAAGUACUACGUGGCAAUAGAUGAGUUUGAGCGGGUAGUGUUGCCGCACCUCAUGCCGUCAGACACUACACGACUGCACAUCGUGGACGAGAUCGGGCGCAUGGAGCUCUGCAGUGACAAGUUCAGAGACGCUGUGCUCAACCUGCUCGCCUCUCCUGUUGCUGUGUUUGGUGCCCUGCCCGCCCCUCGUUAUGGUCACACGUUGGAGCUAGUAGAGGAGAUCAAGCAGCGCGCCGACACAGCCGUGCUCACGCUGACUAAAGCCAACAGGGACGCCACAGCAGUGCAGAUAGACGAGCUGCUCACACGGCUCAUCCAGGAAGGGGAAAAAGGGGCAGGGGGGGCGCUGGGGGAAGAAGGGGAGGGGGACGGGGGAGUGGGCGGAGCGGGGGGUUUGGGGGGAGACGGUGGGGGGAAUGAGGGCGAGGGGGAGAGCAAUAUUGGGGUAGGUGGGGGGAAUCUAGGGUACGGAGGGGUGAGGGGAGCAGGAUCUGGUUCGGCGAAUGCCGUUCCGGCAGCAGCAGCAGGUUUGGGAACCGGAGCGACAGGUCCGGCGUUGAUAAGCGGAGGUUCGGGAGCGGGGAUGAAUCAUGUGCUAGCCGCGGUGCAAGCACAUGUGGCAAAUGCGGACCUCUUUGAUGGGUCACACACUGUUCAUGGGUAG